GAGGGUGAAAGCUUGAAAGUUCUGGAGCUGCCGAGGCCGCGGGUUCGGGUUGAUUGGGACCCGGGACCCGGGACCCGGGACCAGGACCAGUCGCCCCGGAGCAACUGGGCCAGGAUCAGACUCCGCCAGUAAGCCCCCGUACCAAAGGUAAGCUCCAAAGCUGAAAAAAGUGCCUUUCAUUGGCAUGGCAGGGGGCAGAAGAGGGCCAAGUCGGACAUCCUACUGCAGAACACCACUCAAUGAAUCUGGAACAAUAGGGGGCUCCAGCUAUCCCACCAGCUCACCCAUUACAGGAGUGCGAUCGAGGACCAGGAGUGGCUCAGGAACUGGCUUGACAAGCCCUCCUCUCGCAACCCAGACUGUGAUCCCUCUGAAACACAGUAAGAUUCCUGAAUUACCUCUUGAGAAAGGCAUUCUGUUCGAGCUUCACCUUCUCUUCUGCCACCUCAUUGCUUUGUUUGUUCAUUACAUCAACAUCUAUAAAACAGUAUGGUGGUAUCCUCCAACUCAUCCACCUGCACUUACGUCACUGAAUUUCCAUCUGAUUGACUAUAAUUUAUUAGUCCUCACCAUUAUUGUGUUGGCACGUCGUCUUAUAAUUGCAGUAGUGAAAGAGGCCUCUCAUGGUGGUAAAAUCUCAGUACCACAGUCUGUCAUUUGUGUGACCACUCGAUUUGUAGUUCUGACUGGAACAGGAUGGAGUCUGUGCCGAUCACUCAUUUACCUUUUCCGAACAUAUUCUUUUUUGAACUUAUUGUUCCUGUGUUAUCCGUUUGGAAUAUACAUACCUUUCUUUCGACUGAAUUAUGAUCCAAAGAAGUCAAAUCUUCCACCAUCUGUGGCUAACAUAGGCCCCAAUGAGACAGGAACAGCUGUUGGAAGAAGUAAAGACUAUUUAACAGUUUUAAAGGAAACCUGGAAACAUCAUACUAGUCAGAUGUACAGCAUAAACACUAUGCCAACCCAUGCAUGCUGCUUGUCUCCAGACUUGAUUAGAAACGAAGUGGAACAUCUGAAAAUGGAUUUCAACUGGCGCAUAAAGGAAGUUCUGGUCAAUGCAAUGCUGAGUGCAUAUUACAUAGCCUUUGUUCCUGUUUGGUUUAUAAAGAGUACACAAUAUUACGAUAAAAGGUGGUCAUGCGAACUUUUUAUCUUAAUUUGGGUCAGCACUUGUGUAAUACUAACAAGGCAUCUCUUACCACCACGGUAUUGUGACUUGCUGCAUAAGGCAGCAGCACAUCUGGGUAGCUGGCAAAAAGUAGACCCUGCUCUCUGCUCUAAUGUACUUCAGCAUCCCUGGUCAGAAGAGUAUAUGUGGCCACAAGGCGUGUUAGUAAAACACAAUAAGAAUGUGUACAAAGCAAUGGGAAAUUACAAUGUGGCAAUCCCUUCAGAUGUUUCACACUUCAGAUUCUACUUUUUCUUCAAUAAACCAUUGAGGAUCUUGAACAUUCUCAUCAUUAUAGAAGGAGUCAUCAUAUUCUAUCAAUUGUACUCGUUAAUAUGUUCAGAAAAGUGGCAUCAAACAAUAUCUUUGGCAUUAAUUCUGUUCAGUAAUUAUUAUGCCUUCUUUAAACUGCUCCGAGACAGAAUAGUUUUGGGUAAAGCAUAUUCAUACUCUACAAGUGGAAAUUCAGAGAGCAAAAUGAAUUAAACUAUUCUUCCCCAUCCCCCCAGCCCCACCCAGUGUCUGUUAAAAUGACAGAGCUUUGUAUUUUUGUUACAAUUGCUUUUUUUCAUGUAACUUUCAUUAAAAUAUUUUUAUAUCUCCUGAACAGAGCCAUUAUUGUUAAUUGCCACUGAUGUUUUAUUUUUGUAUGCUCACUUUCUGAAAAAGAAAUACCCAGUUCACAUCAUUUACUGUACAACUUGAAACCGUUUAUAGGGGAAAAAAGUAAGGCAAUUUUGAUGACUUGUUUUGUUUCAUUCUCUGACUAUGAAAACAUUUACACUGGGAAGACUUACCAGACUUUACCCACCUUCCACUAAAGCUUAAGAAGACGGUUUUCUAUUAAUUUCAGUAAGAAUUGAGCUGAAAGGUUUUACCUUUGUUUUGGGUGUACAGAGAUGACUUGCUAAAUAAAUAUCAAGCAUAUGACAUCGCAACUCUAGUGUAGAAUGAGAUUUACCUGUGCAUAGUGUUGGAGCAGUUGUACUUUGUUCACUCGGAAUUCACUUUAUUCAAUAAUGUUCUGCUCGCUCCUUAACUUUCUAAUGUUGCUUCAAAGCACUGCACUUUAUGUUUUGAGCAGUAACUGAGAGGGUGGAUACAAAGCAGUUUGACUGGUCCUGGACUUUACAAAAUGCAAAGGCUUGCUAAUGCUUUAUCAGAAUACUGUAUAUUGCUAACAUGACAGUCUGCUUCCUCUAUCAUCUGUUGCAUGUGACAAGCAAUAAACACACUGCCAGCAUAAGA